GUGCAACUUUGCAAACUGUUUCUGGUCUGGUGCUCAGGGUCUCAGCAGCUCAGCAGCCCCACACCUCAUCUCAUCGGCAGCCGUCCAUCCGUACUUGUGACCCUACGCCAUCAACACCUAGUAUAUAUAACUUGUUGCCGGGCGCCUCAUCCACCACCACCGACGACGAGCACCCUGAGCCUCCGCCGUCGAGUUCGAGACGAGACGUACCACUAUGGAGAGUGAGCACCACCUGUUCGAGAUCGCGGCCGCCCGGCUCGAGCGUAGCUCUGCCUUCUUGGACGAGGACUACUGUUCAUGGUCUCCCUGCAUACAGGGCUACCACUGGCGAUGCGUCUGCUCCGCUGACCCCGCUGCUGGUACGGCGUCCUUCACCGUCUCUCUUCCCUACAGCAGCACCCGCGAGCCCCUCAACGCCUCGUUCAAGCUCAGCCUGCUGGACCGAGGAGGCCUGCCGGUGCCGUCCAGGACCCGAGCCACCUUGUUCCAGAACUGCCUGAUCCAGCAGAUGUGGCAGUGGGAGUGUCCGGGCUUCCUCACCAGGGACGACCUAGAGCGGCACGAGUACUACCUCGACAGCGACGGCGGCCGCUGCUUCCGCGUCCGCUGCGACAUCGCCAUCAAGCCCUUCGCCGCGGCCACGGCCGGCGACGGCGACGCCUUCGUCGCGGCGCCCCCGUCCGACGACCUCCACCGGCACCUCGGCGACCUGCUGGCGCGCAAGGACGGCGCGGACGUCACGUUCCAGCUGGUCGACGCGGGCGGCGAGACGUUCUCCGCGCACCGGUGCGUGCUCGCGGCGCGGUCGCCCGUGUUCAGAGCGCAGCUGUUCGGCGAGAUGAUGGAGAGCAGCAAGGGCACCGGCGUCGUCAUACCGGUUGAGGACAUGGAAGCCCAGGUGUUCAGCGCCCUGCUGGCCUUCAUCUACACCGACUCGUUGCCGCCGGAGACUGGCAGCGGCGACGACGACGACGACGACGACGAUGAAGCCAUGGUGCAGUAUCAGCUUCUGCUUGCCGCCGCGGACAGGUACGGCGUCGACAGGAUGAAGCUGGUUUGCCAGGAGAAGCUGUGCAAGCACAUACGCGCGGACUCGGUGGCCACGAUGCUGGUUUUAGCUGACCGACACCAUUGCCCUGCGCUCAAGGAGGCGUGCUUCCGUUUCCUCUCUUCUAGCGGCAACCUUGGCUCCUUCACUCAGACGACGGAUGGCUUCGAGGUGCUCAACGCCAGCUGCCCUGCUGUUCUCAAGGAGCUACUGGCCAAGCUUGCCACCGUUUUGAUCUUCUGAGUAGCCAUGGCCAACGGUUUCCAGUUUCAUACAAUGCAGGUUGCUCUGCUCGUUUCUCAAAAGCGAUGCACGUACGUAGUAAUCUUCUUUGAUGAAUUAGUACGUGCAGGUUUUGAACGCAUUUUUCCGGUGGUCGUCUGCGAAAACGAAAAAUCGCUAGAAAUUCGUUGAAUUUGGUAAAUCUCGAGCGCUUUGUUA